AUGUUUGCAGACUUUUUCCAGAGUGUUUAUUGUUCAGCUGGUACUGACGGAGACAACAACUACCUUGCCUCUUUACAAUCCAACGAUAUCAACUUGCCUGUACCGUACUUCACUAUUCAGGAAAUCUACGAGAAGUUGUCCGCAGUUGACCCAACGAAGGGUGCUGGUCCAGAUAACAUACCUCCCGCAUUUUUAAAACUAUGUGCAGCACCUUUAGCUGCCCCGAUUUGCAGAGUUCUAAAUCGUUCAAUCACAGAAAGAUCGUUCCCAAGAGCAUGGAAAAUUGCCGCUAUCUCUCCAAUACAUAAAUCGGGAAAUGUUCACAGCGUGGAAAACUAUCGUCCUAUUUCGAUUUUGAACUCCAUCUCGAAGAUUUUUGAAGUCUUGAUGCACGAACGGAUAUAUGCUGCUGUUAAAUCUUUGAUCUGCGAGGCUCAACAUGGUUUUGUGAAACAAAGGUCGACCGUUACCAACCUGAUGUGCUACGUAAGCUCAUUGAGUGACUGUAUGGAGAAAGGUUGUCAAGUCGAUUCUAUCUACAUUGAUUUUGCGAAAGCAUUCGACCGCGUACCGCAUAAAAUACUAAUUGAAAAGCUGGAUCGUAUAGGUUUCCCUGAUUGGGCACUUGACUGGAUUGCGUCGUACCUCAACGACCGUCAUGCUUUCACGAAAGUCAACAGCUCACGUUCGAGAACAUUUGCCAUCCCAUCAGGUGUACCUCAAGGAAGCCAUCUCGGGCCUCUUCUCUUCAUAAUCUUCGUUAACGAUCUCUGUGCAACUCUUCAAUCCGAUACGCUAAUGUAUGCCGACGAUCUGAAGCUUUUUCGAAAGAUUGUAAGCACUGUAGACUGUCUCGCCCUUCAAGCUGACAUUGUCUCGUUAGAAAACUGGUGCCGAAUGAACGGAAUGGAGGCCAAUGCUAAAAAGUCGCUCUACGACAACAAACCUGUUGACGUUCUUUCUUCCAUGCAAGACAGCUUUGCCAGAGUAUCUCAAACCAACGAAAUCUACACCGACCUGUCCGCGGCUUUCGACAAGGUAAACCACAAAAUGGCCAUAGCCAAACUAGAUCGUAUCGAUGAAUCAUUUUCCAAUCGAUUCCCUGCCUCUUCUGGAGUACCUAAAGGGAGCCACCUAGGACCCAUUAUUUUCCUGAUCUACUUCAACGACGUGCUGCUGAUUCUUGAUGGACCAAAACUGGCGUAUGCCGACGACUUGAAAUUGUUUCAACCCAUCAACAGCCCCGAAGAAGAUGUCAACGUCUUGCAGAGCCAGUUUAACAUCUUCGCCGCCUGGUGUGAUGUCAAUUGCCUUCCCUUGAAUCGGAACAAAUGCACGCUACGAAACACGCUGCAGGCUCGCCGGAAAGCAACACGGGCCUCUAUUGUCGCCGAUCUGCUUUCGUCGAGAACCGACUGCCCCGCACUGUUAGAAGCACUCCAACUCAGCGUACGAUCUCUAAGCCUGAGGAAUCGUGAUCUUCAGCUUUUUGCUCCUCUUCGACAGAACAACUACGGCUCUACGAACGGCUUUGGAAGAUUAAGCUAUAGCGGAGGAAGUUCUGUGAAGCAAGUUAAGGUUCACUCAGUUAAAAAUCUGGUGACCGUGAAGGUCAUUCACCUCGAUGAGGUGACUGAAGAAGAACGGUGUAACGCGUUAGUCUCUCAAUGUGGAAUCGCCAUACACGAAGCCUCAAUUCGGCUUAAAGUUGUCCCGCACAACAGCAGAACACAAGUGGCACUUGUAAAACUGCCAGUGCUACCGAUGUAUGGAGUUUGGCCACAGGGCCUUCGAUUGUCGUGGUUUCUACAUACAAGUGUAGACGGUGUGUUGCGUAUGAUCACUUCUUCUCGGGUACGGGUAUGGGUGUGUGUGCAAACGAUCACAUUCAAGGUGUCGCUGGGUGUCCGACCUUCCGGAAUGCCCUGGCGCAACUAUCGCGAUCGUCUAGUCGUCAUCGUUACGCUGCCUGGAGUGGCCGUGUAG